CGGGAAAAGACAAAACUGUCGGUUCACACCGAAGAUGAGUACAUCGACAACAGUGCUGUUCCUUGCCUUCGGCACAAGGGGCGAUGUACAGCCAAUCGCGGUGCUUGCCAAUGCAUUGGCCUCGGCUGAGCCAGGAUGGAACAUUGGCUUCGUCACGCACAAGGCUCAUGAGGGUUUUCUGAAGGCCAGGCUAGAGAGUGAUCCUCACCCAGUGAGAUUUUUCUCAGUAUCAACGCCGCCUGUCCUCCUGAGGGCAGGUGCCUGUCAGCAGCCGCUCGCUGGUUGCUCAUUUGAAUCUCGUGUGACUUCUCCCAGUGAUGACACCUUUCAGAAAGCAUGGAAGAGCUCUGUGGAUGUUAACGACAGCAGAAUGCAAGCUGAGACCAGGAUAAAGCGGAAGAGACAGAUAGUGGACAGAAAUGCAGACACACACACUCUUGCAGAGGGUUCAACCCAACCUAGAGGAGGAAUGGCAGGAGAGAAAAAACAGAACGAAGGGUGGCCUGAAGACUCCCAGGGCGUCGAAGAUGGCGCUGAGGAAGGUGAAUUGGAAAGACGGAUGCGGCUGGAAAAAGAGUUGGAGCACAAACACAGGAGAGAGUGCCUGGAAGCAGCCCAGUCAGCAGUGGCUCUUUUCGGUGAAGACAAUUCUCUCCUGUUCGUUAUCAACAUGUUUGCGCUGGAGGGAUGGCAUAUUGCAGAGAAAUUCCGUGCACCAUGCAUCGCAGCUUCGCCGUACCUGAUUCCAUACAGUGCACCUGCAUCGUUCGAGCGGCAGUUCAGAAAAUACCAUCCACAUUUGUAUAGACGCUUGAAGAAUGCGGCACGCGGAGAGCAGCAUGUGACGAUGGGCAGAACAUGCGCCACAUGUCACACAUGUAUGAAGAUGGAUGCGAUGGCACAUGGCCGAAGGAAGGACGGGAGGAGAAGAGAAGCAGAAGAGGAGCAUGGAGUACCGCAGAAGGAAGAAGGAGAGGAGGAGAGAGGAGGACGACAAGAUGGCUGGACGAAUGAGGAUAAUAUGGCGGGAGGAGGUUACAAGAUGGUUGGACGAAGGAGAUGGCAGGAGAAGAGGACGGCGAAAGGAAGGAGUAGAGGAGGAGGAAGGAUGAAGAGGACAAGGUGGAUGGACGGAGGAGAUGGCAGGAGAAGAGAAAAACGAAGGAGUACAGCAGAAGGAAUGAGGAGAGGAGGAGGAAGGAGAGGAGGACAAGAUGGCUGGGCGGAGGAGGAGAAUAUGGUCGGAGGAGGUUUCCGUGUUGUCAUUCGGAGGCUUGAUCUGAUCAGCCUAUUCCUUCAAAAGGAUCAUUCUUCUGUUAUCACUGAUAACAGGUCGGUUGCCGACUCAUCGGAUGCGCCACAAGCAUGGGUCUUCCCCUUCCUGGAGGCUUUGGCACCGGGAGGACUUUAUGUUCCACAAUUCGGUCGAUGCCGACCUGUCCGUCCGUGGUCAGGGGCAGCAUUGAUUGCCAAGAAGGGCACUUACCACUUCGAGACGAAGGCUGGAGUUUGGAAGCAUGAAAUGCAGGCUCUUGGUCUGAGUGCGGUUCCCUUCACGGAUGCUGUCACAGGAAGACCUGUUGUAAUGUGGCCUCGAUCUCCUAUGCUUUUGUAUGGAUUUAGUGAACUGGUGGUGGAAUGCCCAGGUUAUUGGCCGGUGGGCACGAAGGUCUGUGGCUUUUGGUUUCCAAGAGGAGAUCGGGAGGUUAUAAGCAAUGGCUAUGCAGUUGCCGGGGAGGGAGGGCGAGAAGUGGCAGAGCGCAAUGCCAAUGGGGAUGGGGGAGAGCUGCCGAAGUCUCUGUCUGAAUUCUUAGGAGCUGCAGAAGCUGUGGACCCCCAUAACACAGGACAUGGAGAAAUCACACAAAAGCCAAUCUACUUCGGGUUUGGGUCAAUUGGAAGCAUGGGCUUGUUAAGUAACCCUGGCGCCCUCCUAAAUCUACUUGUCACCACGUUGGAAAUUAUGGACCGGAGAGGAGUUCUUUUAACUGGAGGGCAUCGACCACUCGAUCAAGCUGUUUCACAGCUGAGAGCUCAGGAGUCGACAAGUCUUUCAACUGACAGGAAUGACCUCAGGAGUAAAACAGGCACUAAGAUGGGAUCGGUUGUUGGAUGUGGGGAACAUACACAUGAUGCUUCGGCAGACUGGCAAAGGGAAGAUGAGUGCGAGUUCAGCAGACAGAGAGAGCACAGAACUUGUGCAGCAACUCUGGAUGCUGUGUGUAAUGACGAGAUCAACAAUGAUGUUGGGGAUGCCUGUCUCAUCGGAAGUGGUCGACUGCUCUGUCUAUCAGGGUCACUUUCACAUAGGGUGUUGCUGCCUCAUUUUGACGCAGUGGUUCACCAUGGCGGAAGUGGCACAACGGCAGCUGCAUUACGUGCAGGAGUUCCUCAGGUGAUAUGUCCCUUCCUAUUUGACCAGUUCUACUGGGCGGAGCGAAUGUUCUGGAUUGGUGUAGCAUCGGAGCCGCUAGCACCAACAGAUGUGAUGAUUGACGGCAUUGGGAUGGACAAAGGGACAAAUGAAGCUCAAGAUAUGGCAGAGCGAUCUGCCCGACUGGUUGCCGCCUUAAGACAAGCAUGUACUGAUACAGUGAGGCAGACAUCAGUACAGCUUGCACAUACAAUUAAUAAAGAGGAUGGUGUAUCGUGUGCGGUCGGACACAUAACGGAUUUUGUUCAUGAGAUGGCGAAAGCAAGAGCAAUCUGCCAGGAUCGGCAUUGUAGCCAAGAGGUGAAGACUGCUGGAUGGUGCGACCAAAGGGACUUUCCAAACACAGUACUUUUGGAAGAUACCAGCACGCAUGGAAGCCAACUUUCUGAUCACACUCAAAGCUGGAAGGCACAGGUUGCCUUAGUGGAGCUACCGAACGGGAUGAAGUCUACUGCGUGUAUUCUAGUAGUGACUUACUGUUCUGGGCGGGCAGAUUUGUGCUGUGCAAGGUCUGCUGAGAAAAGCCUGGCUAUGGCACUGCAUGGCUAUAGGCCAGGUUACUGGUACCACCAGGCUCGGUGGAAACCCCUGUCUGGGGAAGGGCCCUGGAUCACGGUAAUGCUUAACUACGAUGGAGGGGACGAACUGAGGCUGAAGAUCAACGUGGAAGGGGCUAAGGAGGUGGAGAUGCGGACUAACUCGAGACUGCAGGACGCGAUCACGGAGGCAAGAGAUCGUGCGGAGAGGCGCUGCAGGAGGGACGGAGUGACGGCAAUAAUGCAGGUAACGGUCUCGUAUCAUGAGACCGAGACCUCAAUGGACACAGCGGACAGGGAACAGGCCCAUCUGGACAGGGACUCAGGUGGGGAGAGCGAGAUGAGCGAGGCAGGAGACUGGGAGACGGACCUUCAGUCCUGGAACAGGCCGGACCAGGUUCGCAAGAACCACCCGCUGGCACGACCUGUGGAAGGCGGGCCCGAGGCCAGCUCGCGGCAGCGGAGUCCCAGAGGGCGUGGGACAGGAAAGGAGGGAGGAAAAGGAAGGCCGGGUUUGUGCAAUGGAAAGCUGAGAGACUCCAGGGGAACGCAAAGCUAGUUUAUAGCUUUGGCCCUAAGCUUUUCACUG